UUAGAUUAUUCCGUGGACAAAAACAGAAAUAUAUUUUUGUCUCAUUUGCCGCCAAACCAACCUCCAAGUAGCGCGAAAUAAUUAUUUGUCUGUUAAAUUUAUUAAAAAAUAUCCGAAACUCGUUUGAUUUAACUUACCGUCUCACUUGAAAUUGUUAGUCUCAUCCUUUUGUGAAUAUCCAGCAAACUUUAACGCCGUUCAUACUCAAUCAUUAGCUUUCUAAAAAUUUAAUAAUGGCCAAGGUACAACUCGCUAAUGUAGCCGUUUUGGAUAAUCCUUCGCCUUUCUUGAAUCCUUUCCAAUUUGAAGUUACUUUCGAAUGCAUCGAAGAACUGAAAGAAGAUUUGGAAUGGAAAAUGAUCUAUGUUGGUAGUGCAGAGUCGGAAGAAUUUGAUCAGGUUCUCGAUACAAUUUACGUGGGACCCAUUCCUGAGGGAAGACAUAUGUUUGUUUUUCAGGCGGACCCACCAGAUGUCAGUCGAAUUCCUGUAAAUGACGCCUUAGGAGUGACUGUGGUUCUUUUAACGUGUUCAUACCGGGGUCAUGAAUUUGUUCGUGUUGGUUACUUUAUCAACAAUGAUUACACAGACACAGAAUUGCGUGAAAAUCCUCCCACCCAACCCCUGUUUGAGAAAGUUCAGAGAAAUAUACUUGGUGACAAACCACGAGUGACCCGGUUCAAAAUAAAUUGGGACGAUGGAGUGAAUUCAACUAGUGCCAAUGUCUCCGAUAGUAUGGCAGAGCAAACAAUGGAAGAAACUACGCAAGAUACCCCGUCGUCUACCUUAGGUUUCACAGAAAACACACAAAACAGUAUGGAAGUGAUGUGAAAUUGAUGCGCUAGAGACAGAACAUUUAGGUGUUUAUCAUUUAUCUUUACCAAGCUCUUUAUCUGCUAAUGUACAUUAGUUUCAACUGUUUUCGAAUUUCGCGCAACUUUUGUAUUGUUUUAUUCCAUAUAGUACUAUACAUUAACAAACAUUGAUAGAUCUAUUCCAGAAAGUUAUACGAAACUGAGAAAAACAUAUUUGAACAGUACAAGGUUUACUAAUAAAUUGUUAGUCGUAAAUAUUGAAUGCAAUGGACAGUUAUUUAGCGCAAUUGCAAUAGCAUGUACACAUUUGAAUUACUGUAUGAAACGAAAUUUUCUAGUAAUCGAUGACCGACAAAGUAUUAAAAUUUGCCUUUCUUUGUAAUGAAGAAAAAUGGUUUGUUGGUUGGGGCACAGAUUAUAGUUACCUUAACUUGUCAUUGGCCACAUCUGCAAAAAUUGCCCUAGUCUUAUUUGCAGACCCGUCUUAUCUAACUGAUUGUCAAACAACACCCUUUACUUUUUGGUUUGUCAUGUAUUCUAUCAGAGAAUUUCUUGAAUGGACCAGAAAUCAUUUCUUCAUAAUCAAAAGCACAAGUUUUUCAGUGUUGAAAGGUUACUACGUUUCAUCAUUUAUCAAGGUAAUAAUUGAAUUGGUCGUCAAAAUGCUGUGAUUCAAUAAUUUGCAAGUUAGUUCUGGAACGUGGAAGCCAUGCAGUGAUGAUGGAAAUGUGAAUUUUUGCACCAAUUUGGUUUUAGAUUCUUCUGUGAAGAUAUUUCAACCGAGUGGUGUUUAUUCUUUAUUUCUUUAUUUUUUCGAAAUAUUUGAGCCUGUUGACGCUGUUGAGACAACUUGCUUAAAAUACUAUUUCCCAUUUAAGAAGUAAAGUUUAGUAUUUAAGCUAUAGUUUUGUUCGUUCAUGUAAAUACAUUGAAAUAAAAUGUGAUGUUAUCUUUUCUACUUGAACGUAAGUGAUAAACAUAAUAAAACUAUUUUUUAUUCUUGA